AUGUUUGGACUUUUUUUUUUCAUUUUAUUCACCCCUGGAGUCAGUGAAUUUCUCUGUACAUCAUCAGAUCUGGAAAUGUCAUAUACUUUUUGUGAUUCUACAGCUCAUUCUUUCACGUUUAAUCUGACACCUUGCAGCAUCAUGAACAAAUCCAUUUGGAAGACUUAUCUUACCUGGAUUCCAGGAAAUGACAUCACCUUUUUGAAGAUCGUCUUCCACGUCUGGUUCGACGGUGCCGAAGCGUUACACUGGAAAGAAGUGCUUUGCACUGGAGCUGACGAUGAAUACUCAGUAUGCGGAAAGCUGAAAGGAGAAACAAUUGCAACAGAAUUUGACAUUAAAGGUGCAAGAACAAAGUUUCCAAAGGGCAAUUAUAACGUUAUUCUACAAGCAUUCUUUGACGGUUCUGAGAAUAAUAUGGUCAUGUGCUUGAACUUCACCAUGACAGUAAAACAAGAUGCUUUCUGA